CUCCUGUACGAAUAGUAGUUUUCUUCCCUAUCGUGAAGUGUUUGGAAAUCUCUUGUCUUGAUUGGUAAGACUGAACACAUUGCUUUGUCACUUAUUCAUAGAAGAAAUCCACCAAAUUUGGGAGAGCAAAAGAAAAUUGUUCAUCUCAGUUUAUUUGACUUACCGGAAAUGUAUUUGCAGAACUAUGAAACUCCCUUAGCAGAACAUCAUUUUUGGUCUCUCUGUUUUUAAUAUGUGCAAUGGCUGGAGAUAUAAUCUAUGCGGAUAUUAAAACUGAUGGGGCUUUUUCUCUAGGAAAUUCAUCUUCGCUUCAGAAAUCUGAUACUCACCAUCAUGGAAUUUUCUUGAAAGUUGGAUGUGCAAUUAUCAUCAUCCUUCUUGUAACAGUAAUUGUGUUGAGCAUUUUGGUUUCUUUCAACUCUUCUACUGCUCAUAAAUCAUGCCCUUCGAAAGACUGGAGGCUACACGGGGGGAAAUGUUACUGGGUUGCUGAAGCUAAUAAAUCUUGGCAUGAAAGUAAAAAUGACUGUGCCAUGAAAAAUUCACAUCUCAUGGUGAUUCGAGACUUCAUCGAUAUGAGUUUCCUAUGGAAGCACCUAAAUACUGGAGUGUUUUACUGGAUUGGCUUGACUAUUCCACCUGGAGGGGAAUCAUGGACCUGGGUAGACAACAACCCUUUUGACUCCCAUCUGUUUUCAAUAGAAGAAAAAUGGCGGACCCGGAGCAUGAAAUGUGCCCAGGUGUCUCAAAUAAGAUAGCUGAACAAAAAUGUGGGAAAAUUAAUCCGUGGAUUUGUCAACUGUAACCCACACUGCAGGAAAUCAGUCUCCAUUUCUCUGACGGAAAGACACCACAUGAAGUUUGAAUUCAGAUAUAUCAAGUCCAGAGGGCCACGUGUGUCCCAGAGGGGUGUGUGUGUGUGUGUGUGUGUGUGUAUGUGUGUGUGUGUGUUCAUUUGGGUGGGUAUAGUACUAUUUCUCAGAGAUUUAGGAAGGCUAAUAGAGAAAAUGAAAUGUUGUAGAAACUGAGAAGAUAGAAUGAACGUAUUUUUUCGUAUGAAUUAUCAGUUAUUCAAUCCCCAUUCUCAUUUUGCAUAUGGUUUUGAAAAUUCAGUCUUUAUUUUCUCCACAGCUCCCCUCUAUAAUAGCCUUACCUAAUUACAUUUUUACGAAGAAAUUCGUAUCAAAAUCAAAUUUGCAUCUCUAGCCCAGACUUUU